AUGUAGAAAAGAAUAAACAGAGAGAGCAAUAGUUGGUGAGCACUGAGCACCACCCGGGGCCAUUACCAUUACUCUUCAACUUAACUACCCGGAAGUCAUAAUAUUUGGUCCUCCAUAAAUCAAUCGAUCAAAUGCGAGGGAUUGAAAUUUGGUUUCACGAUACGAUCGCAUCUGGCGAAUCGGCGGUUGAUAGUAAUGUAGGAGGAGGAGGAGGAUUGUUUCUGGAACAAUCUGUAGUUUGUUUCACAUGGGAUCGGUGGACCGCAAAUUCCUCCACGCGCUUUAUGUCGGUGUCUCUCUCACGUGCCAAGGGAACAACAACUACUCCUCAACCUCCUGCUUUUCUUCAUGAUUCGAGUAAGCCUAAUUUCGGCGGACCCCAACAUAGUGCUUCUUCUGAGGAUGAAGCGACGUCGUUUCCGGUGGUUGAUCAAUUUAAGCUCAACAACAAGAAGAAGAAGAAAUUGAGUGGUGGAGCAAGUGCUUUUAACACGUCUAAGCAUCUUUGGGCUGGAGCUGUUUCCGCUAUGGUUUCCAGAACUUUUGUUGCUCCACUUGAGAGACUAAAGCUCGAGUAUAUUGUUCGGGGUGAGCAGAAGAAUCUUAUUGAGCUUAUCAAGUCAAUAGCUGCCUCUCAAGGCCUGCGGGGAUUUUGGAAAGGCAAUUUUGUCAAUAUUCUUCGGACUGCUCCAUUCAAGGCUAUUAAUUUUUACUCCUAUGAUACAUAUAGAAAUGAACUACUUAAAAUAACAGGAAAUGAGGAGACAACAAACUUUGAAAGGUUUGUUGCUGGUGCUGCAGCAGGAAUUACAGCAACAGUUCUCUGCAUACCAAUGGACACAAUCAGAACAAAGAUGGUAGCUCCUGGGGGCGAAGCUCUGGGUGGUGUGAUUGGUGCUUUCCGCCACAUGAUACAGACUGAAGGAUUCUUCUCGUUAUACAAAGGUCUGGGACCUUCCAUAAUAAGCAUGGCACCGUCAGGUGCUGUUUUCUAUGGAGUAUAUGACAUUUUGAAGUCGGCUUAUCUGCAUUCACCUGAAGGGAGACAAAGAAUUCAACAUAUGCAGCAACCAGACCAGGAAUUAAAUGCUUUUGAACAACUGGAGUUGGGUACUAUUAGAACAUUAAUGUAUGGUGCGAUCGCUGGAGCUUGUGCGGAGGCUGCUACAUACCCAUUUGAAGUGCUGAGAAGACAGCUUCAGAUGCAAGUCAGGGAAACAAAGAUGAGUGCGGUAGCUACAUGUGUCAAGAUACUGGAGCAAGGUGGGAUUCCUGCACUUUAUGCAGGAUUGACUCCCAGUUUAUUACAGGUUUUACCAUCAGCUGCCAUUAGUUACUUAGUGUACGAAUUUAUGAAGGUGGUUCUCAAAGUGGAAUCAUAGUCAAGAUACAUCCAGUAGCGUGACGAGGAUAAAGCCUGUUUGCAAGGCGCACUUGUCAAAUUAUCUGUGGUUCUACACAAAUCGGGUGUUCAACAUAACAUAUCUUUGUUGAAGGAAUUUAAUGAAAAAUUUAAUUAACCUAGAUUAACUUUUGGCGUAUUUGAAUCUCAGCUAAAAGCUGCUGAUGCUUUUUGGACAACUUUGACUAAGCAGUUAAAUGUAAUUUAGGGGUGUUUGGUUAAGUUUAAAGUAAGUUCAUUAUCGUCUCAAAUGAAAUAAGCAGGUUAUGAUUUAUAA